UGUCUGUCCUGGGUGGAUGAGACUGCUGAGGUGUGGGGGCUUCUUGCGAACUGGAUCCCCGUGCAGGGUGCGGGGAGUGGCUGGGGUGUGGCUGGGGCACAGGGGUUCCUGCUGACGGCACCCCGCAGGGCCAGCCCCUGGUGAGGAGCUGCGGCUGACCUUCCCGGUACGGGACGGCGUGGUGCUGGAGCCCUUCCGCCUGCAGCACAAUCUGGCUGUCAGCAACCAUGUCUUCCAGCUGCGUGACUCUGUCUACAAGACCCUCAUGAUGAGGCCUGACCUGGAACUGCAGUUCAAGUGCUACCACCACGAGGAUCGGCAGAUGAACACCAACUGGCCGGCCUCUGUGCAGGUGAGUGUCAAUGCCACACCGCUCACCAUCGAGCGCGGUGACAACAAGACCUCCCACAAGCCGCUCUACCUGAAGCACGUCUGCCAGCCCGGCCGGAACACCAUCCAGAUCACUGUCACCGCCUGCUGCUGUUCCCACCUGUUCGUCCUGCAGCUGGUGCACCGGCCCUCCGUACGCUCGGUGCUGCAGGGGCUCAUCAAGAAGCGCCUACUUCCCGCUGAGCACUGCAUCACCAAAAUCAAACGCAACUUCAGCAGUGGGACCAUCCCAGGGACCCCAGGGCCCAACGGUGAGGACGGUGUGGAGCAGACGGCCAUCAAGGUGUCCCUCAAGUGCCCCAUCACCUUCCGGAGGAUCCAGCUCCCAGCCAGGGGUCAUGAUUGCCGGCACAUACAGUGCUUCGACCUUGAGUCGUAUCUGCAGCUCAACUGUGAGAGAGGGACAUGGCGGUGUCCUGUCUGCAAUAAGACGGCCCUGCUGGAGGGCCUGGAGGUGGACCAGUACAUGCUGGGCAUCCUGAUAUACAUCCAGAAUUCGGAACAUGAAGAGAUCACCAUUGACCCGACCUGCAGCUGGAAACCCGUCCCAAUCAAACCUGACAUCCACGUCAAGGAGGAACCGGAGGGACCGGUGCUGAAGCGGUGCCGGACACUCAGUCCUACUCACAUGGUGCUACCCAACAUCAUGGAGAUGAUUGCAGCCUUGGGGCCCAGCUCUGUGCCCUUCCCGGCACUGUCACAGCCUCCGGCAGGGGCUGCUGCUGACUACAGCACCCCGGGUUCCAGCUUUCCAGGACCUGGGGGCUUCCCAGAGCCUUUCCCUCCCCCUGGCGCCCCUGGCACCCCAACGCUGAGUGACUUCACACCAGGCCCCCCCUCCAUCUCCUACCAGCCCAACAUCCCUGGCAGCCUCCUGGCCCCUGAGAAACCCUCUGUGCCCCCUCUGCCCACACAGCUUCCCCCAUCGGGACGGAUGGAGCCAUCCCACCCCCCGGUGCAGCCAGGGCUGCACAGCACCCCCUCAGGCAUCCAGCCAGCCCCCAUGCUGCACCCUCGGAGCGCAGUGGCACGGCCUCCUCUGGGUCCCCCAGCCCAUGCUGCUGAUCUCGCCUUCCCCCCUGCGCCCAGCAUGGCCACAGCAGGUGAUGGCUCGGAGCCUGCCCUCGACCUUCUGCCUGAGCUGACGAAUCCCGAUGAGCUGCUCUCCUACCUGGGGCCCCCCGACCUCCCCAGCAGCAGCAAUGAUGACCUCCUCUCCCUCUUCGAGAAUAACUGAGCCAUCCUUGCCCCCGCCGGGGCUGGGGGGCAGCACUGCGUGCCCCUGCCCACCGCAGAGCUGGGACGCCCCACUAUGGGGGCUUUCUCAAAGGCCUGCGAUGGAACAGAUGGGCUGAGCCCCCCCCCAGAAGCACAAGGCUGUACAUAGUGUAGAAACACUACUGCUCCCCCCCCCUGCCCUCGAUACCUCCCCGUAUUUAAAGGCAAGUGCGUCACUGCGGGGCUGCCCGUGCCCCCAUAUCAAUGUGCAAAUGCUGCUGCCCCUUGUACUGCAUGGGCCUGGUGUGGGUUGAGGGGCUCAGCCCCUGCUACCCCCAAGCCCAGUUGCCCUGUACAUCCCCGAUGGCUAUUAAAGAAUCCU